CACUUUAAUCACGGUCCAAUUCAUCUCCAAAUUCGCUUCAGAAUUCAAUUCAAUUCUCGAAUACAUUCAUCUACUUGAUUAUUUCAAGGUAUUUUUUAUCAAUUUUCGCAAUUUUGAUUUGUGUAUUUUGCUUGAUAAUUUCCCAAUUUCUGACCUAGUUUUGAUUAUUUAUUCCAAUUCCAUUAGUAUUGAAUUGAAAUUAUUAAUUGUUGAUUAUCGAAUUCUUUAUUUGCUGAAUUUCGUGAGCUGCUUUUAUAAUUUGAAUUUGUGAGUUGUUUUUUAUUACCGAAUUGCACUCAUAUUUGGUGAGUUGUUUUUGUUUUGUGUUUGAUAUUCUGAUUUGUUUUUUAUUUUGAUUUUUGAUUUGCAUUUGUUAUAUAUUUUAGAUUUUUGAUUAUCUAUUUGUUCCUUUCAAUUUGUGUUUUUAAUUUAUGUGUUCAAAUUUGUAUUCAAUCAUGUAGUUUUUGAUUUACAGAUCAGUAUUCUUUCGAGCAAUGGCAUCAGAAUUUCAUCAUAGUUCGUCCUCAUCAUUGACGGAAUCAAAUUCUGUUGUGGAUAAUGAACAAUAUGCAAGUUGUUCUAAUUCAAAUGUGGCUGUUACUCCUGAAGUAAUUCCUAUAUUAAGUCCAGGGGGAACGAGAGAAUGGAUUCCAUGUUGUUCUGAUGAGUUAAAACCUGUUGUAGGGAUGAAAUUUAUGAGUGUCGAAGAGGGUAUUUCAUUUUAUAAAGCAUAUUCAAAAGCUGCUGGUUUUGUGAUGAGGAAAUCUACUGCUACAAAAAGGAAGGCACUAUACGUUAUUGCUUUUCAGUAUUGUUUAUGCAACAAGGCUGGUUUCAAAGAAAAAGCAAUAGUUAAGGUUGGAGGCAUGCCAAAUGUUAAAAAAGGGGAAGGUAAUGAAGAUAAAGUACCUAUACCUCGAAGAAGGCUAGUUACUCGUGUUGGUUGCAAGGUUCGGACGGUUAUGAAGUAA